ACUUACUUUGUGUUGAUUUUUAGCGGCGGUUGGUCGUGUGUCGGAUAAAGCGGAACGAAGACGAAGGCGAAGAGCAGACGGAGGCGUCAAGUCAAACAAAAGUAAAGUGCAGCAACUGGCAGCGCAGACAAGUCGAAAGGGCAGCCAAUUAAAUGUAAGAAGCGACGUCCGCUGCUUUACAACAAGUAUCGCUGAUUGUCCAGCCGAGUAACAGUAUUUUUCACGAGGUGCGCAGAGCGAAAGGAAAAUCAAAGAGGAAAAUCUAAUACACAAAAAGUGAAGAGCCAAAUUGUUGUUAACAGAGUGUGUGCGUGUGUGUGCUGAGUGCGGCAGUUGUUGUUUUAUAGGUGAGAGAGAAAAUCGGAAAAAAGGGCGUCGCAGUUUGAAAAUUGAUGUGUGCAUAAAAAUCAAGCGCUGCAGCAGCCAAAAAGCGAGAAGAGAGCGCGAGGCAGAGAGCGUGCAAAGCGGUCAGCGAGAGAGCGGGUGGCUGCUGCACCUUCAUAACUGUUGUUGCAAAGUCAGCGAAAUCGUGGUUAUUGAAUGGCAGCCAGCAAUAAUGGACACAACGCCUAAUGCGGCCCCUAAUCCGAACCAGAAUCGGGACUUCGUAACGCUGAAGCCCCUGCGUCCAUCCCGCGGUUCCAGCUCGAAUCUGCGCGCCAGUCGCUCACCCUCUGCCAGCCGCAGCACCGAGCAAACUUUGUAACCGUUGAAUGUUAGCCUGCCUAACUAGCUACACUUGCAAAUCAAGCAAACCCAAUCAGAAUCAUUGACAAAUUGAAAACACGCGAUUUAAACGCUCUUAAACUGCCUGCCACUGCUUCUUCUUCUCCCUGAUUCUUUUGUCUCUGUUCUUCUUUGUUGUCUGUCUCUUUCCGCGACUCAAAGACAGGCAGUCCAGCUGUCAAUAAAAAACUGAAAUAACUCUUUUAAACACUUAUUCAUCAUACAUUCAUCAAAUAAGCUAAACCAUAAAUCAGCGCUUGUGUGUGAGCCAACUACACAUUUUCAAGCUCAAAAGAUCGAGUGAAUAAUUCGAUUAAAGAAACUAAAAACUAUUUUUAUAAAACCGUGCUCUAAAAAAACAUUACGUUCAUAGAAAUUCUAUGAGCAAGCAAUUCUUACAAUCAAUUGUGAUUAAAUUAAAAUGGAAUAACCAGCCGGAAUCGCAUCAUUAAGAUAAUCUAUCAAAUUCUUUUAAAUCAUUUUAACUAAAACUAUUAUAAACUCUAAAUAAAGAAACUUUGCACCAUUACAAAAGUAGAAUAAAUCUAUUUUCAAAUGAAAUAAUUUAAAUGUAAUAAGCAAGACAUGUAUAUGAAAUUAAGACAUAUAAAACAAAAGAGCUAAACUUAAAGAUAACUCAUUACAUCACCAUCCAUCCCACCACACAAUGAUCGUAAAUAACUGAACUUUUUUGUGCUGCUUCACACGCGCCUCAUGAUCAACAAAAUUUGAGCAAAGACAAAAAACGCAGAUAAUUCUUACAAAAUAACCCAAGUCGUACCUUUCUAUGCGCCACAAUUCGCCAGUGUCCCGGGAGCGAGCCAGCGAGGCAGCGGCAGCCACUCAGACAGCAGCAGCCACAGCGGGAGGAGCAACUGCCCACUCAGCCGGAGGAACUGCGGGAGGAUCUGCAGCAGCGACGACAACGGCUGGAGGGGCCACGUCCGGAUCCGGAACAGCCUCGGCGAACACGAACAGCAAUUCCUCGGCCUCAUCCAGCACAGUGGCAGCUGCACAGGCGGCUGUCUACAGCGGCGGCAACACGGUGACCGGAAGUUUGGGCAGCGCCGGGGUGGUGGCUCGUGGCUUCCGCAGCCACAGUCCCACCCACCGGCGGAGGAGUCGCGAGCGCCAGCGACGUACGCAUGGCUCUGAUCAGGGCGGUCUGCUGGCCUACAGCGGUCUCGUUGGCGUCAACGACAUGACGGAUUUCUUGGGUCCACAGCAGGGCGGAGGAGGAGGUGGCGGUGGUGGUGGUGGCGGUGGUGGUGGUGGUGGAAGCGCCGGCACGGGCAGUGGUCUGGAGGAUUCCCGCCUCAGUGGCAACGAGGACUACUACUCGUCCUUCGUCUCUGACGAGUUUGACAGCAGCAAGAAGGUCCAUCGCCGCUGCCACGAACGCAGCUCCAGCGUUCAGGCCAUCGACCGAUUGAACACGAAGAUCCAAUGCACCAAGGAGUCCAUCCGACAGGAGCAAACUGCCAGAGACGAUAAUGUCAACGAGUAUCUUAAGUUGGCAGCCAGUGCAGACAAGCAGCAGCUGCAGCGCAUCAAGGCUGUCUUUGAGAAAAAGAACCAGAAGAGCGCACACAAUAUCUCGCAGCUGCAGAAAAAGCUGGACAACUACACGAAGCGGGCCAAGGACUUGCAGAAUCACCAGUUCCAGACGAAGAGCCAGCACCGUCAACCGCGCGAGGUGCUGCGGGAUGUCGGCCAGGGUCUGCGCAACGUGGGAGGCAACAUCCGCGAUGGCAUCACCGGCUUCUCCGGUUCGGUGAUGUCCAAGCCACGGGAGUUUGCGCACUUGAUCAAGAACAAGUUUGGCAGCGCCGACAACAUCAACCAGAUGAGCGAGGCCGAACUACAGGGCAUGCAGUCUGCCAAUGCCGAUGUUUUGGGCAGCGAGCGUUUGCAGCAAGUGCCUGGAGCCGGAACCUCGACGGGCUCAGGCGGCGGCGGGCAGAACAACAACACCGGCGGAGCGGGAAGCGGGACGGGAAAGUUCAACAGUGACAAUGGCAGCGAAUGCAGCAGCGUAACGAGCGAAAGCAUACCGGGAGGGUCUGGUAAAAGCCAGUCGGGAGCCAGCCAAUACCACAUAGUGCUCAAGACAUUGCUAACAGAGCUGGCCGAGCGAAAGGCCGAAAACGAGAAGCUCAAGGAGCGCAUCGAACGACUCGAGACGGGCCAAAAGGAAUUCAACAAUCUGACCGCCACACUCGAAAGUGAACGCUAUCGUGCCGAGGGACUCGAGGAGCAAAUCAAUGACUUGACGGAAUUACAUCAGAAUGAAAUUGAGAAUCUGAAACAAACGAUUGCCGACAUGGAGGAGAAAGUACAAUACCAAAGCGAUGAAAGACUACGUGACGUCAACGAAGUGCUCGAGAACUGUCAAACGAGGAUAUCAAAAAUGGAGCACAUGUCGCAGCAACAAUAUGUCACCGUCGAGGGCAUUGAUAAUUCGAAUGCGCGGGCCUUGGUUGUGAAACUCAUCAAUGUGGUAUUAACGAUACUGCAAGUGGUGCUCCUGCUUGUGGCCACCGCUGCAGGCAUCAUAAUGCCUUUUCUCAAAACGAGGGUUCGCGUUCUCACAACGUUUUUGUCUAUUUGUUUCGUCAUCUUUGUGAUACGACAGUGGCCGGAUGUCCAGGACAUUGGAUCCGGCCUGGUGCGACAUCUCAAGCAAUCGCUGGUGGUGAAGUAAACUACGUGGGUUUGGUGGCCACCGUCUCAUCUACCGGGUAGUUGACACGUUCUUUAGUUAUGUAUCCUAAGUUCUAAAGUGCAUAUGUUGUAUAUAGCUUAUCGAUAACGAUUAUAACAAUAAUUUUUAACUGAAAUUGUAUCAAUUAUCAACACGAACACACCCGAGAAACUGUACAAAAUAUUCAUAUACCCUAUCACACACACACCUAAUCAUCACACCACACUCUCGCAUCAAAUCUAGCAAAAUUGAUUUAAACUAUGUAAUAACUUGAAAAUGCUGACAUGUCUCCGUGCAUUACUCACUAUAUUUGAACAUACAUAAUUUAUGUAUUACCUAUAUAAAAUAUUUACAUUACUAUAAAAUAAUUGAAAAUAUAUAAAAAGAAAGUUUGUAU